AUGUUCGACAUCGAUUGGCGGGGGCUGCUGCUGCCCCUGGCGUACCUGGGGGUGCUGGUUGGCACUUUCAUGACUUUCUCGCGAGUCUACCGCAAGAGGAAAGCCUUCGAGAGCGCUAACCUCGCGCCAUGGUUCGGGCCGCAUCUCCAACGCAACAUCUACCUGUCGCUGCUGCACAUGGAGCCCGAGGAGGGGUCCGAGAAGACGCCCAAGGUCCCCGACAGCGUCAUCCGGGCCGCGCUUCUCAGGCGCGCCGUUGAGGACAUCCACCGCAUCAUCCAGAUCCGUACCGCCAAGCAAGCCUGCAGCUCAUUGCUGCAGCGGGGGAGCGUCGGCGAUGACCUAUGGCAACGGUUUCAGCGCGCCGAGAAGGAGAUGGAGGAGGAGCUGCGGGAUGUCGUGAUGGAGGCCAACGCGCUCGUCCCGAACUGGGGCCAAAUAAUCUUCCAAUCGGCCAACGAGAUCGCGGCCAACAAGGCGUUGCGGGACCGGAUCGACGAGAUCGAGGCGCAGACGGAGAAGGACAAGGAGUGGUGGGAGAAGCGGCGGAGCAACAUCAAGACGGAGUUCAUGAAGGAGCUGGAGGCCGAGGCCGGGGCGGAGGAGGGCCAGGACCACGAGGGGUCCGAGAAGGGCCAGGCCAACAGCAAGUCCAGCGUGGCCGGCAGCGAGGACGAGCCCGUCCUGGUGGAGACGGACACCCCGUCGGCCGCCUCCCCCUCGGGGGCUUCCAAGAAGAAGAAGCAGGGCGGCAAGAAAUAG